AUGUUGAUCCUUUACCGUCAAAUUGCAUCAUAUCAGGAUGAUCCUAUUUAUUUGGCAAUGACAGCAGUAAUUGAUGGAUUUAUUUCUAAAAUAAGAACUUGUGAGAAAAUACCCAAUUAUAUAAUGUAG